GUUCUAAAUGCGGACUCUUCACACUGCGGUAACCCAGGCAUUAUUGGACUACAACCCCCACAAUACACAAAGUGAUGGUGGCAGUUGCGGUAUUCUGGGGAUUGUAGUUCCGUAACAUAAGGUCUCUAUCCCACAACACAGGCAGUGAUGGCUGCCCCUAGAUUGCCACAGUUGCCCCCUCAUGAUGGGCCUAUGCUGUCCGUGGUGGAUAUGCACACAGGGGGCGAACCUUUGAGGAUCGUACUUAGCGGGGCUCCGGCUCCCGAAGGCCGCACCAUUCUAGAGAAGCGCCGCUGGGUGAGGGAGAAUGCGGACUGGCUCCGGAAGGUGCUUAUGUUUGAGCCCCGGGGGCACCGAGACAUGUACGGCGCCCUGUUAGUGCCAGGGGAUGAGGAGGAGGCCAACAUCGGGGUGCUUUUCAUGCACAAUGAAGGCUAUAGCACCAUGUGCGGACAUGCAAUCGUUGCGCUCGGCCGCUUUGCGGUGGAUUAUGGGUUAGUGAAUGCUGCGCAGGGGCCGGAGACUGCAGUGAAUAUUCAGUGUCCCUGCGGACUGAUCCGCGCUUACGUCUCCUAUACCGGGGGGCGCUCCGGCUCUGUACGCUUCCGCAGCGUCCCCGCCUUUGCUUUUGCCACAGAUGUUACUGUUGAUGUCCCUGGAUACGGGAAGGUAGUAGUGGACAUUGCAUAUGGUGGAGCAUUUUAUGCAUUUGUUAGUGCAGAGACAUUCGGGUUGGAUGUAUGCUCCUCAAGGACCAGGGAUCUUGUAGAUGUAUCAGCUGCAGUGACAGAAUCUGUAAAAGCCCAGGUUAAACUGAAUCACCCAGACAGCGAUGACCUUGCUUUUCUCUAUGGCACUAUAUUAACAGAUGGCAAAGAUUCUUACAGUGAGGAACCGACUGCCAACAUAUGCAUCUUUGCAGAGUCCCAGGUUGACCGAAGCCCUACUGGUUCUGGUGUGACAGCACGCAUUGCUCUGCAGUACCACAAAGGGUUAAUACAGCUGGAGCAAAUAAGAACUUUUAAGAGUGGAGCAACAGGCUCUCUCUUCACUGGAAAAGCUGUUAAGGAAACUUUGUGCGGGAAUUUCAAAGCAGUGGUGGUUGAAGUCUCUGGACAAGCCUAUUAUACUGGCGCCUCAAGCUUUGUCAUUGAGAAUAAAGACUCGCUAAAGGAUGGAUUUCUUCUUAAGUAAUUACAUUUAUUGUGUGAGAAGUCUGAGAGAGCACUUUUAUAUGAUAAUGAACAAUUUUCCAUUACAAACUCCUUAUUGUAUCAUUUAGAGCACAGAGCAGCUAUGAAACUGAUUUAGUAACAGUGCCCAUACACACACUGAUAUUAUCGUACUAAAUGAUGGUUUUGUAUGAUAUUCGGUGAGCGUAUGAUGAGUUGACGAAGCAAUCAAUAUUGCAAAUGCCUUGGAUAUCGGUCGUCUCAAAGACUGGGCAGGUCAGAGAAUUUGGAUGGUGCAUCGGUCCCAUGCAGUUAUGUAGAGCUGAAGCUUAAUUAUAAAACAUAACUAGAAGCCAGCAUUGGGCAUUGCCUUAUUUUUGGAGUAUAGCGAGUUAAUUGCUGAAUAUGAAAUUCUCCAGGUUUAGCAUUAGUGGGAAAAAGCUCAUAGCCUGUAGAGAGGCACCAUACCAUGUAUGGAUAAACAUUCCUGAUACUUGGUUAUAUUUCCCAUAUAGGUGCUUUGCCACUUAAAAAUACAAGUCUAUGCUGCUAUCAACAGUGCAAGCUACACUACAAUAGUAAGGGCCUAAUAGGCCUGGAUCUGCAGAUGUCCCACGGGGAGAUUUAGUCGUUGAGAUUUUUAAAAAGCGAGUUCCAGCGAGUCGCUCGUCUUUCCCUAAAAAUCGAUUACUAGAGAUUUCAAACAAGGAGCGAUGCUAUUUCCCACAAAUCCAGGUGUCAUAUUCACCGCCCACAAUUAGAAAUUACACUCGCAGCGACUUCCCGCUCAGUGGUUUUUACUUUCAGCGAUUCCUAUAGUUUUGAAUGACAAUGCUUUCUUUGUAAAAUCUCUCAAAAAAACGUCUCAUAGCGAAUCGGAGGGAUAAGCAAUUUGAAUUAGUAUCGUCUGUUUAGAUACUUGCGAUUUAUAUUCUUCUCUAUGUAGGGACGAAACAAGCGACUUGUUGCUGGAACACACUUUUUAAAAAUCGCAGUGACUAAAUCUCCCCAUGGGACAUUAGCCUAAAAUGGUUCUCUGGAACAUAGGGAUGUCUAGAUGGGGUGUUGCAGAAAUCCUAUAUAUAUUUGUUACCGGAUUAUGAUACUGAAAAGAUUAUGUAUUAAGAAGGAAAAUUGGAACCCCAGAGUGUAUGCAAUCAUUGAAAAAGACUUAUUGGCUUCAGCAGGAAGCAUACAACUGGAAUAUGUUAUAGAAUAUGUGACCUAUAGUACAGAAGCCUGUGAUGUGGCUAAAGCCUCAUCUCACAGUUAUUAGAAAUAAUCAGUCAGUGUUCCAUAUUCUAAUUUUUCUAAUGAUCAGUAAAAUGUUUCUGCUAUUCAUACUGUACUUAACGUUGACACAAACAUAUCUGUACAAUUUGUAUCUGAUGAUCAAAGGAACAUUAUCACUGGAAAGCUUAAGUUUUGAGGAACACUCCGCAGUUCAGUUCAUGCUAUAACUUCUCCCCAUGCAUGACAAAUGGACUGCAUGAAAAUAAAGGGUUUAACGUCCCCUUUACAGUGCCCCUUAAAUCUGCACCUCCACAUUUGUGCUUCUGGAAGAUCAUGCUUUGGCAACCCCAGUUAAAUAUAACUUUUAAUUGUGUCAAAAGAAAACCCCCAAGAAACCCAUUAUAAAUAGCUCUUAUUAUUAUUACAACAUGCCUAUGAGUACCUCAGUGUCCCUCUUUUCCUUACAUGAGUUACUAUCGCUCCCCUAGCACAUGUGCCACAUUCCAUCCACCUUCAUUCACCCCCCCCCACCAGUGGUACCGGUAUUCACAUUUCCCCCCCACCAAACUUUAAAUGCAAUCCCCACAGUUAAAACUGAAAAUAACAAUGAGCUGCCUAACAUGUGUUUUGCUGUCAUCCAAGAGCUUUUUUCAAAAGCUAGCUUGCCCCCAAUCCAUGUGUAGUACAUACAAUAAACCCUUUUGCACCCCCCUCAUUAACUGAAUUGUGUGGAUGAUGCAGAUAUUGUUUUAGGCUAAUUGCAUGACAAAUGGACCCUGCUGAGAUUUUCUUCUGACUCCUAGCAGCUGGAAUGUCCAUUUGCAAAUCACCACUUGCAAGGUAGGCACACAGCAUUCCCCUCACUUCAUUUACGUAUGUCCAUAUGUCCUUCAUUUCAUUUAUACCCUAAAAGGUCUGUCUGCCCAUGAGCACUGAUGUUGAAGGGGUUACCUCUCAGUGUUCCCCUCUUCCUAGAGCAACACAAAAGCCCAGUAACACCAAAGAAAUGAAGGGUUUUUAUAUGCACUCAAACAGAAUGUAUUGUUACCCUCAGCUGCCAACUGUGUGUUUGCUUUAUAAAAUAUAGGAUACAAUUUAAACAUCAUUUUUUUUAUUUACUAUUUUGGAUGUCGUUGGAAGUAUAGGAAAGUGAUUAUAAGGACCCAGUUUUCAUAUAUCUGUAACCUUACAGUGAGCUAAGUGGGUGCCUGAGCCCAAAACAUUUAAAGAGCUGAGGUCUACACAGAGAAUGCCCUGUGUAUGUGUCACUAAUGCACACCCUCGGGUAUUACCUGAGCUCACCGCUAGUGCCAUGGAGAUCUGCCAGGCAAAGGGUUAAGUGCCAAUGGCUGAUUCUUUCAUGUGUCACAAUUCCUUUGUAGCCAAUGUGUGUUUGUGCUAAAUUUGUGUUUCCUAGUGAUAUCCCCCCUUACAUCCAAAGUGAGAUUUUGAUUAUAUUGUAUAACAUAAAUGCUUUUUGUUUGUACAAUUGUAUAGAUUUUAACAUUUGUAUCAAACAUUUUAAUAAACCACAAUGACUUUUCUUUGUUCCUAA